AUGGCCAAGGCCAGCCGGCUCCAGGGCAUGCUGAGCAGCUGUGGCCGGCUGGGCCCCCGCGCCGCCAUGGAGAGCUUCAUCGAGUCUCUGAACAGACUGCGAGACAUCCACGAGACGGAGGUCCUCGGCCUGCAGAGCAAACUCCUGGAGCUGAACGCAGAGCGGUGCAGGGACGCCCAGAGGGCAGAGGAGCUGAGCGCCAAGAACCAGCAGCUGCGGGAGCAGCAGAGGGCGCUGAAAGAGAAUGUGCGGGCGCUGGAGAACAGGCUGCGGGCCGGCCUCUGUGACCGCUGUGUGGUGACGCAGGAGCUGGCCAGGAAGAAGCAGCGCGAGUUCGAGGGGUCCCUCCUGCAGAGUCUGCAGCACGUCUUCAUCCUCACCAACGAGAUGAGCCGGCUGCAGGAGGAGAACAACGGCCUGAAGAAGGAGGUGAAGCGGCUGCGGGGCCCGGGGGACAGGCCGCGGCCCCCCAGCAGGGAGGGCACCUCCAGCCCCCCAUCACCGCCCUCCCCCAGCACCUGGAAGACGGGGGCCGAGACGCCGGCCAGGGGCCCCGCGGAGACCCAGGACGAGCACCCAGAGAAGCCGGUGGGGUACCGGGUGUCCCCAGGAUCCAGGACCUCGCCCGGGGGCAGCGGCCCCGAGCCCCCGCGGCCCUCAGACAUGAGCCCCCAACGCAUCUCGAACCAGCUGCACGGGACCAUCGCCGUGGUGCGCCCUGGCUCCUGGGCACCCCGGCCCGCCUGCAGCGGCCCGCCCAGCCCCCCAGCAGACAGCCUCCUGCAGCCCCCCGCUGGGGCCUACGCAUCCCUCACCUGUCCCCGGCGGGCCGGCCAGCUGUGCCUCCUGGACCCUCACCUGGCCCUGCGCCUACAGAGCCCCCCGGGCGGCCCCCGGGCCCUGGGCCUGAAGGCGGGGGCAGAAGAGGCCUGGGAGGAGGGUCCCGGCUCCCCUGCCAGCCCGCAGCUGGAGGGGGCCUUGCAGCUGCUUCUGGCCCGGCAGCUGCGGGCGCGGGGGCUGGUGGGCGCCACCAGGCCCAGACGACCCCCCACGCCAGCGCCGACACCCCCCUCCCCGGCAGCCGGGUCUGACUCUGAGGGCCCCGAGGGCGAGGGGCAGACCCCCCGGGCCCCCGGCCCAGACAGCCCCCCGCGGAGGGAGACCUCAGCCGUGGGAGACUGGCUCCCGGACAAGCCCUUGGACCUUUCCGAGUGGGGCCGGGACCGGGGCCGGGGCACCCCCAAGCCCACCAGCACCCCGACGGCCAGCCCCAAGCCCGAGACGCCUGGGCAGCCGGGGGCCCAGAGGGAGGACAGGCCUGAGCAGGACGGGGGCCCCGCACCCCAGGAGGCCCCGCACCCUCUCUGGACGUCCCCGCCGAGCCAGCCCUCUCCAGGCGUGCCCGGGGAGGAGGCCAGAGGCCGGCUGAGAGCACCCCACUGUCCUCAGAGGCCCCAUGCUGUCCCCGCAGAACACGGCGAGGGACUGAAGCUCAGGUCGGAGCAGCAGGAGCCGGAGCCCCCGGGCUAUGAGGGAAGCGCUGAGGAGACCUCAGAGGCGUCCCGGCACUUAAGCGAGGACCUCGGGGCAGGGCCGGCCCCCAAGAGGAAGCGGAUCUCAGAAGCCUGGGCUGAAGCCUCCAAGAAGCCAGCUCUGGGCCGGGCUCCCUGCGAGCCCCGGUUGGCCAGUGCCAGCAGCCCCUCCAGGCAGACCUAG